GUUUAGGGUGUAUCUUCGCAGCACGUAGUUGUUAUGAAUAUAUGGUCACACAGAAAGCAAGAGGGCAAAGCUAUUCACCGUACUGUGAUAUACCAUCCAGCUUAAGUUGUAGAAGUGUAAAUACGUACGGAGUAUGUGGUAUUAGGAAGUAUGCUCAUACGUUAUCUCCUGAGAAUCAAUAUUUUUCAAAUCCUCAUCUAUUCAAUGACCCACAAGUCAGCCAAUAUGGAGGAAGUGAAAAUUACAUGGACUACUGCCCAGUUUUGACGGUUGUUGAUUCCUUAGGAAGUUUGCCAAUAUCAUCUAUUUGUACAGAUACUCAAAAUCAGCAGAAACUGGGUUUUGGCCUUAAUUUGUACAUGCAGUCAUUUGGCGAACGAUCUGUAUGUGUUGAACAUUCUGGAAGUAUGACUUAUUCAUUGUACUUUAUGAAUUAUAAUCUGGGCACCACUGUUGCCGGUUCCUGUCACUCAGUGAGUUUUAUUGCUGAAUGUUCAACCUUAUCGUUUGUAGUGAUUCACUGGACUUUAUUGAAAUAAACAGACUUUUUCAUCUCGAAGAUAUGGUUGACAUUUGCAUAUACGCAAUCUCAACAAAGAUCUUUAACAGUUAUUUACAAAGUGAAAAGAAGCUUGAAAAAGUCAGCAUGCAUUUGAGCCUAUCGUGUUGCUGAAACUUUUGCAAUUCAAGUAGGAAAACAUAAAAGACUUUUGUUCAUCUCUUGCUUCUUUUGUGGUCUUAAUUUUAGCAUUUCACAACCCCCCCCCCCCUUAAAUCAUGCAAUCAAUCCUUUUGUAACGUAUCAACAACUAUUUCUUUGUAAUAUACUCACCUUGAUAAGAAUUUAUUCAUCAAGUUUUAUGUCAUAUUACCGCAAUCGUUAUUCCAAC